AUGCGCCUUGGGAGCGGCCUGCCUUGUGAAGCGGAAGCGGAAGCGCGGGUCUCCAGGGGAGCCAUGGCAGCUGGGGGUCUGAGCCGCUCGGAGCGCAAAGCGGCGGAGCGGGUGCGGAGGCUGCGGGAGGAGCAGCAGCGGGAUCGCCUCCGCCAGGUGUCACUCAUCCUGAGGAAGGCGGCGGUGGAGCGCAGCGCGGAGGAGGUCCGGCUGCUGGCCGAGAGCGGGGACCUGGUGACGGAGUUGCAGGGCCGGAGCCGGCGGCGUGAGGGCCUAAAGCGGCGGCAGGAAGAGGUGUGCGACGACCCGGAGGAGCUGCGGGGGAAAGUCCGGGAGUUGGCCAGCGCCAUCCGGAACGCCAAAUACUUGGUCGUUUACACAGGCGCGGGAAUCAGCACGGCAGCCUCUAUCCCAGACUACAGGGGCCCUAAUGGAGUGUGGACGCUGCUUCAAAAAGGGAGAAGUAUUAGUGCUGCUGACCUGAGCGAGGCUGAGCCAACCCUCACCCACAUGAGCAUCACCCGUUUGCAUGAACAGAAGCUGGUGCAGCAUGUGGUGUCUCAGAACUGUGACGGGCUCCACCUGAGGAGCGGGCUGCCACGAACGGCCAUCUCAGAGCUCCACGGGAACAUGUACAUUGAAGUCUGCACUUCCUGCGUUCCCAACAGGGAGUACAUUCGGGUAUUCGAUGUGACGGAGCGCACCGCUCUCCACAGACACCAGACAGGCCGGACCUGCCACAAGUGUGGGGCCCAGCUCCGGGACACAAUUGUGCACUUUGGGGAGAGGGGGACGUUGGGGCAGCCUCUGAACUGGGAGGCGGCAACUGAGGCUGCCAGCAGAGCAGACACCAUCCUGUGUCUGGGGUCCAGCCUGAAGGUUCUAAAGAAGUACCCCCGCCUCUGGUGCAUGACCAAGCCUCCUAGCCGGCGGCCCAAGCUCUACAUUGUGAACUUGCAGUGGACCCCAAAGGAUGACUGGGCCGCCCUGAAGCUACAUGGGAAGUGUGAUGACGUUAUGCGGCUCCUCAUGGCCGAGCUGGGCUUGGAGAUCCCUGCCUAUAGCAGGUGGCAGGAUCCCAUUUUCUCACUGGCGACUCCCCUGCGUGCUGAUGAAGAAGGUAGCCACAGUCGGAAGUCGCUGUGCAGAAGCAGAGAGGAGGCCCCACCUGGAGACCGGGGUGUACCACUUAGCUCAGCCCCCAUUCUAGGGGGCUGGUUUGGCAGAGGCUGCACAAAACGCACAAAAAGGAAGAAAGUGACGUAACCUGGUGCUCAAUGAAGAACAGCUGGCACUUUGCAAAUGGCCAGUGUCACGGUGAAGGCUGGGUUGUCCCACAGGUCUAAUGAGAACUUUGGGGAUGACGUUUUCACCAUGACAUCUUUAGCCAUUUGUCCUUGCAGAAGCCCCUUGCACUGCUGCGGUUGUCUCCUGAUACAGCUUGGCCAUCCUCUAUGUCAAGAGGUGGCAGCCGCCCCUUUCUGUGAGAACGGAACUCGGGUUAUUUCAGCUCUGGCCCGCAGAGGAAGCGCCCAGCUGCCUUCCCUCAUUCACCAGGCCAGUCUCAGGGCCUCACCCCAUUUCUACUACUAAUGAAAAAGUGUGAACUUUAUAAAACCCUCUUUCUGUACUGAAUGUGCGGUGGAGGGAUGGCUCCGAGCCUCGGCUCUAUGCAGACCUUUUUAUUCCUAUUAAAUAUUUCUCUGCACUGGC